AUGCCAAUCAUUACACUUUCAACAACAGAUGCUACUACAACAACUACUAAAACUAAUAAUAAUACAUUAUCUAUUCCAAAUGUUUCUUCUUCUGUUGCAUCAUCACCAUCAUCACCAACACCUGUAUCAGACAUGCGUGCUGUUAAAACAAUGCCAGAAUUACAAAGUAAUAAUGAUCUAUCAUCAUCUUCUUCAUCAACUCCGACUACUCAACGUUCUGAUCAACAACAGCAAAUAUAUGUCAAAUCAGUUAUAGAUACAAUUUCAAAAAUUUAUGAUCAAAAUUUACCAUCUCAUUGGAGAAAAAUUCUUGGUCGUUACGAUCCAAAUCUUCUUGUUGUUGUAACACCACAACGUCAAGCAACUUUUUAUGUUUCACCAUCUGAACAUAGUCUUGAUAAUCAACAACAACAGCAACAACAACAAUCACAACCACAGCAGCAAGUAGAUGAUAGUUCACCAACAUCAGCAAAUGAAAAAAGACAACGAUGUGCAUCAGCAUCAUGUGCUACUAGUCAACAAAUUCAUUCACCUGUUCUUGCUGCACCGACAACAUCAACUGAUGAUAUUUUACCUCGUACACAAUCACUUUCAACAAAACAACGUACUCGACAUUCAGCUUUAGUAUCAAUAACAGAACCAUUUUAUCAAAAAAAUUUUCUGACAAAUCAAAUUCAAUAUGAAGAAGACGAUAAUGAUGAUAAUGUUCUUAUUGAUCAAAAAUCUUUUAUUGAUCCAUGGUCCAUUCAGAUACCAUCUGAAUUAUAUAUUUGUUCAGAAACAAAAAAUUCUAUUAUAGAUGAAUUAACAUGGAAUGAUCAUGAUUUUAUUUCCAUACCACAUUUUGAUUUUAAUGAUAUUGUUACAAAUAAUUGUUCACCAAGUGAACUUAAACAAUUUGAUCGUUUAUAUAAAUGUCAUUCAUGUUAUGAAAUAUUUUUGACUGAACAAUAUAAACAAAUAUGGGAACAUUUAUGGACAAAACAGAAAACAUAUCAAAGACAUCUCAAUGAACUUCAAACAACACAUGCACUUAUGAAUACAGUUCGACUUGAAGUUCAAAGUCAUCUUUCUGAUGAAGUUAAUAUAUAUGAAAACAAUUCAAAAUGUCUUUCGGAUGAAAAUACUUUAUUAGGUGGAAAAGUUGUUGAAUUAGGAAAAGUGGCAUCUCGACGAAAGCAAACUUCUGCACAUGAAGAAAAAAUUAAAGAAAUUCAAGAACUAGAAAAAUCAUACGAACAACUUCGUAAAAUUGUCAAUAACGAAACAUUAAAAUUAAAUAAUUUGCAUACGGAAUUAGAUGAUAAUGAAAAAGAAACAAAAUUAGCUAGUGAACGUUCAGAACAAUUAAAAUUUAUUACACAAGAUAUAGCACAUCUUAAUGAACUCAAUCAACAACUUGAAUGUCAAUAUUUACGAUUUACAGAUGAUAUGUCAAUGACAAUAUAUAAUAAUUUGUUGCCUUCUCAUCUUGCUAAAGAUGAUGAUGAUGAUCAGCAUCAAUUUAAAUCAACAUCAUCGACAACAACAAAUGGACAUGAUGGAACAAGUGACCUUGAUUCAAUUUCUUUCAAUGAUGAACAUCGACAAGAAAUCGAUGAUUUACAACAACAACAACAACAACAAGAUGAUGAACCGCUUGAAAAUUAUGAUCAGUUACUUCGUGAUAUAAUUGAAAUGUUAAGAAAUCAAAAUACAAAUAAUGAUUUAACAUCAAUAGAUAUCGAAAACAAAGCAUAUGCAAUUCUUCUUGAAUAUAUGGAAUCUAAAUUAAACAUGCAGAAUUAUCUGAUUGAUCAUAACACACGUUAUAUUGACUUAUAUUUGGGAGCUCAAGCGGAUUAUAUUGUACAAGUCGAAAAUGAACUCUCAUCAAAUAAGUCGACACUAGAGCAAAUGCAAAGUGUAGCAAUGUAA